UAGCAGCUGCCAGCAAGCUAGCGGAACACUGCAACUGGCUUAUCAGACGGAGUGGACGAAAGAACCUAGAGCAUAACUGUGAUUGUGGCUCAUAUCAUAUUUCUACUCAUGCGCCCCGUUCCUACGGGAAUCAAUCUGACGGUGUAGACAUUAAAUCAGUGUCGAAAGUCCCUCCGGAAAGUUCGGUGGCAUUGAUUAAAAUCCAAUUGGUGUGCUACAAUGCGCGUUCCAGAAGUGAAACUCUUCGUUUAUUGCUUUACAUUUGGUGCGAUUUUACACGUUGAUGCGAGGGAUGGUGGUCGUGAGAAGGAAAAUGGUGUCAAUCUUUCGUCUACCGGGACGCUAGGAUACGGUUUAGAAUUGAUCCUAAGCAAAUUCGAUGUGUUGACUAAUAAGCUACAGAAGAUGGAAAACAGGUUACAAAAAAUGGAAACCGAAAUUCACGAGCAUCGAUCCAUCUACGAACAGAACCAAAAGGAAAUCUUUGCCGUGCUUCAUAAGCUGCAACAUGGAGUUGCAUUAAACUUAAGCGAGUUCCAAAAUCAAAACCAAGAUCAGAUCCAUUCAGCAUUGCAUAAACUCGAUCAGGACGUGCGACGUGUGUUACAAAACCAAUAUAGUCAGCCUACCUUUUCCUCGUGUAAGGAUGUUCCAUCGAUUGUCUCUGACACUUAUAUGAUCCGUCUAAAUAGUGAUAGUGAACCAUUCAAAGUGUAUUGUGAACAGUAUAAGUUUGGCGGUGGAUGGAUUGUGUUCCAGCACCGCUAUGACGGGUCAUUGGAUUUUUAUCGAAACUGGAAUGAGUGGCGGAAUGGAUUUGGUGAUUUAGAUAAAGAGUUCUGGCUCGGUCUUGAAAAAGUGCAUCAAAUAACUAACGGCCAUAGGCAUGAAUUGGUGAUUGAAAUGAAAGACUUCAAUGGAACCUACAAGUAUGCGCGAUAUGAUUCAUUCGAAAUUGGUAGUGAGAGCGAGCAAUACAUAGUGAAAAAUGUUGGAACGUAUAAUGGAACUGCAGGUGAUGAAAUGCGCCAUCAUAAUGGCAAGAAGUUCUCGUCAAAAGACCGGGAUAACGAUGAUAAACCGUAUCAGAACUGUGCGACGGCACGUGAAGGUGCCUGGUGGCACGGGAGAUGUAAUGAUGCGAAUUUAAACGGUCGAUACAUGAAUGCUGCCAGUGAAAAAUCAAUGUCUUGGUUUCCAUUCAAUAACGAUUGGCAAGGAUUGAGUUUCUCAAGAAUGAUGAUCAGGGAGCUAGAAUAGAGUUUCUAGUUGAAUUAAAGGCAUAAUCAGCAUUAACAAAUCAA